AUGACGAUGGGCGGUCGCGAUGUGGCGCUGUGGUGUGCCGUGGUUGCAGCAGUGGUGACCACCGUCGCCACGGGUCCAAUGGGCGGUAAAUAUGAAAAGAUCGCACCACAACAAUUGUCACACAUCACGGCGAAACUAAGAUUACCAAGAUUUGUUAACGGUAACGACCCAAUUCCAUCAAAUCAAAUGUGCAAAGAAAACGACAAAACGUAUAAGGUGGGCGAACUCAUCUAUCGAGGAUGUGAAGAAACAUGUGAGUGCAAGGCUACCGGUGUGUUUGACUGUUCGCCGCGUUGUGACCAUUCAUACGUAAGCCGAGAAGAAAAGCUCACCGAUCCGUAUUGUCAUUUGUCGCCUGUUGACGAAUGCUGUGCUCUUAUCGCUUGUGCUUCAGGCUGA